AUGGCAGAUCGUUUCCCUUCUUUGGAAGACUUCUCUGCGGGUCAAACCGAAGUUGUCAACACCAACGGAGCGUCAAACGAGAAUGAUUUUCUAGCCCGCGAAAGAGCAGUCUUGGGUGACGAUGCGGAACAAUUUGCUACUUCCCAAGAUCACGUUGCUACCUCCGAGGAUGUAGAUAAUGGUGAUGACUUGUUGGGUGGUGCAGAGGAUGCUCCGUUUGGCGGUGUUGCUCGCGAGGAGAUCUCAGGUUUCGAAUCGUCAUUCCCGGCUAUCGAGACACAAAACGAGGCAAUUGCACCUGGCGGCACCAUCACCGGAACCGGUGCUCCCUUCCCACCCACUGGCUAUUCGAGCUACCAAGAUCCCGAAGAGGAAUCCGAACCCAUCAAGGAAUGGCGUGAGAAGCGUGAUGUGGAAGUCAGCCGACGUGCAGAGAUCUCUGAGGAAAAGAAGAACUCGACUAUUCAAAAGGCUAGAGAGGACAUUGAUGACUUUUACGUCUCGUACAACAACAAAACUGACAAGCUGCGCGCCCAGACACGCGCAGAGGCCGAACAAUUCCUCGCUAAUCGGGAAGACACAUCAUCGGGGGGCACCAGCUGGGAACGUAUUGCGAAACUGGUUGACAUAUCUGGAAAGGGAACCAAGGGUGGUGCCAGUGGAUCUGGUAAGGAGCGUUUCCGUGAAUUGCUUCUUGAUUUGAAGAAGGAUCAGAAUGCACCCGGGGUCAGUGGGGUCUAA